AUGCCUCGCAAGACUGUAUACCUGCCUUGCAAGGACUAUGAGCUCCCCGAUAUUGACCUAUUGACACUGAUAUUCGAAUCUCCGGAGGCGUGGACUACGGAAUCAGCCAUUCUUCACGCCGAAGCGGCUCUUCCCAACAAUUGCAUUACGAAGGCUCAGGCACGCGACUACACCAUGAGAAUCGCGUACCACCUCCGGCAGUCCUACGGCAUCGGCGCCAAUGGACCCGGUAAAGACGUUGUCGUCUGCAUGUCCUCGGGCCAAAUCCUGCUGCCUACCAUCUUCUACGGCGUAAUUGCCGCCGGAGGAGUCUUCUCAGCCGCAAGCUCAAGCUUCACAUACCUUGAACUGGCGAGGCAGAUCCGGCAAGGGAAAAGCAGGUUGAUAGUGGUGAGUCCAGACUGCAAGGAUGAGGCCGUCAAGGCGGCCAAAGAAUGCGGGAUUCCGCUUGAUAGAGUCCUGGUCUUGGAGAGCAUGGGCGGGAACAGAAGGCUGCAGGAUGUCCUAGGCAAAGAGAAGAACUAUGUCGAAGGCCCAGGCAAGAAAGAAGAAAUGAUGGACUGGGAAGCCAUCACGGACCCCAAAACGCUGAAAGAACGAGUUGUCUGUCUGCUCUACAGCAGUGGUACAACCGGUGUACCUAAAGGAGUCAACGUCUCAAAUGCCAACCUUGUCUCCGAAGGCUUGAUACCGCAAUAUCUCAUCCGGGAAUUCUUCAAUCGCCAACGCCGCCGCGAUCCAAAUUACCAAUUCGUGUACCGCACCCUAGCACACCUCCCAGCCGCCCAUAUUGCGGGAUAUCAAGGAUACUUCGUCAACCCAGCCGUCGCCGGCGGACCCGUGUACUGGAUGCCGAAAUUCGACUUUCCCAAAUUUCUCGAAUACAACAAGAAAUUCCAAAUCACUUUCUUCUUCACCGUACCGCCGAUCUAUCUAUUAAUCGCAAAGAGUCCGCUGGUGACAGACCAGUUCCGGACGCUGGUACAUGCGGUCACGGGGGCGGCGCCGAUGGGGCCGGAGUUGACAGCGCUAGCGGAGGAAAAACUCGGGUGCAGUAUUAGCCAGACGUGGGGACUUAGCGAGACCACGGGCAGCGUGACGGCGAUGCCGUGGGAUCAAGACGAUAAGACAGGCUCGGUGUCACCUUUGUUGCCGAACACGAGGAUGCGCAUUGUGGAUGACGACGAAAACGACGUCGAAGAAGGACAGGAAGGCGAGUUCAUCAUGCAAGGACCCAUGGUGACGACGGGGUAUUGGGACAAUGAGAAAGCAACCCGUGACAGCUUCACAAGGGAUGGUCAGUGGUUCAAGACCGGAGAUGUCGGCUUGGUCAGAGACGGCAUGUUCUACAUCGUUGAUCGGAAGAAGGAACUCAUCAAAUACAAAGGCCUCCAAGUCGCACCCGCCGAGCUUGAAGCCCUCUUGUUAAGCCACAACCUCAUCCUCGAUGCGGCCGUCAUCGGCAUCCCUGACCCCAAUGGCUCCGGUAACGAACUUCCCCGCGCGUACGUCGUGGCAGACAGGUCCAAGAUCUCCGAGGAACAGAUCAAGGACUUUGUCAAGCAGAAUCUCGCGCAGCAUAAGCAGUUGAGAGGUGGCGUGGUAUUUCUGGAAGCAAUACCGAAGAGUCCGUCCGGCAAGAUUCUGAGACGGGAGUUGAGGGAACUGGCGAAAAGAGAGAGGGGCGCACAGGGCUCGAAGCUUUGA